AUCGUUCAGUUCCGACCAGAAAGAUACGCCUUAGAUGUCGAGAUUACAGGAGCAGCGAAAGAGAUAUGCAGCCCUAAAUGCCCCCAUGUCGAGCGGGUGGAAAUUCAAGAUCCUAAGAUUGUUCCAAGAGGUCUUCAAGUCUACGCUGUCGAGUUUCUACCCGGUGUUCCGUAUUCGAAACUUCAACCAAGGGCCCGGAUCCUGAGUUUCCAAGAAUGGACGCAUCAAUCGCGACUCAUCAAAGGCUUUACGCAUUUUGUCGCACGAGGAUGGCCGGCAUCUCCCCAGAGCCGCCAGCCACAACCUUUUCCCUUGUCGUCCGGUUACCCUGAACGUUCCAUCCAGAUGACCGGCAAGGUCGGCGCCUCUAUCAAAUCGAAGCUCGCUCAAUUGGUGUCCGACUUGCCGACCACUGCACUCCGAACGCAUGCGCAAUCUGUUCUCUAUCAAUUGCCCACUAUAGAAUCGCUCCCCAUAGUCGUAAACCACGGCGAUGUGGUUCCAGCCAACAUCUUGGUUGAACGUACUACUGGUUCCCUAGCUGGUCUUGUAGAUUGGGUCGAAGCAGAGCAUCUCCCAUUUGGGACGUGUCUGUAUGGACUGGAAUAUCUCCUAGGCUGGAUAGACUCGGGAUCCAGCCAAUCUUUCGUAUAUUUUCAGAAAGCUGAAGAGUUGCGAGAGCUCUUCUGGAACGAGUUGGCGGUGUGCAUUGGGAUCGAUCUAGGGAAGCUAAAUCAAUGGAAAAGUCACGUUGCGCUCGCAAGAAACCUGGGAAUGCUGCUCUGGUUUGGCUUCGCAUGGGAUGGUGGCAAUAUUGAUAGAGUUGUGAAUCGGGACGACGACCCAGAGGUCGUGGAGUGUCUGGAGGCAUUCUUGAGCGUUGAAUUAGGGAGAGCUAGGUUAUGAGUCGACUGGGUCUUCUGCCGCCAUUGAAUUCUAGCCCAGCAAAUAUGGCUAUCACGGAGUGGUGAGUGGGUGUGCCCAGCCCUUGACUUAUCCAGAAUCUGGCGAAAAUAGACCCAAGGUUCCCAAAGUGGUGCCUCAUGACGACCACGAACCAACCCCACGAGCAGACUGACAAGUUUUCUAUUACAAGAUUUCGAGCCACGUAUGAUCUUGGUUUCCCUGGUUGGUUUCGAACCUUGCAGCUCUCGAAUCAAACUGCACCAUACGA